AUGAUUAAACUGAGCCGGCGGUCCCGCUCAAUGCUCUCCUUGGGCCUCAACUCUUUGGCCCUCUGCUUUUCCGUUUCGGCCUUCUGCACCAGCUAUUGGUGUGAGGGGACCCACAAGGUGGUUAAGCCCCCCUGCCUCUCGGCCGUCAAGAAGGGGAACUGCGUGCCCAUCAACAGCAACGAGACGAUGGAUGGCAACGUGACCAUGGACCCCCACGUGGUCCAGUACAUCUGGGAAACGGGCGAAGACAAGUAUGCUUUCCGGUACUUCCACACGGGCUUCUGGCUCUCGUGUGAGGAGCAUCACGGAGAGGAGAAGUGCCGGAGCUUCAUUGAGCUGCCCCCCGAGUCGGAGAAAGGGGUGCUGUGGCUCUCCGUUGCCUCCGAAUUCCUUUAUAUUAUCCUGUUGACUGUGGGGUUCCUAUUGAUGUGUUUGGAUGCUGUCUACUAUGCCAACUUCAUUGAUGGGCUCAAGAUCAAUGCUUUUGCGGCUGUGAUCACUGUUCUCUCAGGGCUGCUGGGCAUGGUAGCCCAUAUGAUGUACAUGACCGUCUUUCAGGUGGCUGUGAACCUGGGACCAAAAGACUGGAGACCUCAGACAUGGUAUUAUGGCUGGUCAUUUGGCAUGGCCUGGCUCUCGUUCACCCUUUGCAUGUCAGCCUCUGUGCUGACCCUCAACACCUACACCAAGACCAUCCUGGAAUUCAAGUACCGCCGGCGGAUUUUUGAGAAGCAUACGGCAUCGAUGGGGAGCAGCAGAGGUCCCGGUUCGCCUGCUCUGGCCCCCGACCUCGAACGCUUCCUCUGGGAUAAAUAUAUCUUCAGCGUUAGUGACUCUCUAGACUUCACCCCUAGCCCACCGGGCCCAAUGGCUCCCGGCAGUGGGCGCAAGGCCUACGCGGGAGGGUAUGCUGGGCUCGCAGGAGGUCACAGUGGAGAUACUGGGGACGAGGAUGACGGGGAGCCAUGCUAG